UGACUGCUGAUGUGCCGGGUUGGGCGUUUGUUUGAUUUCGUAACCCAACAUUGUUUAGCGUUUGCCUGGUAACUCUAUAUGUUAGUUUAUGUUUGCUCGUCUCUACGGUGUCAUUAGGAGGUUUUUGAGCUCAACAAACGUUAAACGCGCUCAUAAAGGGUGUAAACUGGUCUAGACGUAGCUAGGUAACGUUGGCGUUACAGCUAUACCUGGCUAACGGAAGCUAACGUUAGCUUACCGCUCAGUUGAUACAGGUUAUUUGCAUUAACUUUUAGAAUGGGUGAGGAAAUUAACGAAAACCUCAUUAACACCAACGAUAGACCUGCUAAUACCACCAAUGUUGAGGAAAACGGCGAAACAGAAUGUGUAAAAUAUUACACAUUAGAAGAAAUAAGAGUACAUAAUAUGAGCAGUGACACAUGGCUCAUCAUCCACGAUAAAGUAUAUGACAUCACUCGUUUCCUUGAAGAGCAUCCAGGAGGUGAGGAGGUUUUGCUGGAGCAGGCGGGUGCAGAUGCCACAGAGAGCUUUGAGGAUGUGGGUCAUUCCACAGAUGCCAGGGAGAUGCUCCAGCAGUACUAUGUUGGGGAGGUUCACAUGGAUGACAGAAAGAAGGAGGCGGAAAAGGAGGUACAUGACGCAAAUUCAGGAGAAUCCAGCGGCUCCUGGACCACUUGGAUAAUACUUGCUGUUGCUACAACUGUUGUUGGUGUCAUGUAUCGCUACUUCAUGUUUGAACACAAGUCAUCUUGAGUGCUGGCAUCCUGUUUUCUCAUUCUUAUCAUCUGGAGGCCUUGAAAUGUUUGACCAAAUCCUCCUGACACUGGACACACACAAUUAGGAGUGUGUGCAUCCUCCGCAACAAGAAAAGGAGAGGAACAGUUUGAUAAAGUACUUUUGUCCUUGUCCGUCUACAGAAAGUGCACCAAAUAGACAGUUGGGCUGAGACUUUAUUAAAUUGUCUGCCUUCAGUUUCUUUGUAUUGCAUUGACAUUAUGCCAGUUUUCAUUAUAUGUUGUCUGUAACUUUCAUAUGCAUUUGACCCAGUUUGGUGUUUGUAUGUUCAUAACCUAUUUGCCUGCCCAGAGAAAGAUUUUGUUAAUAGCCUGGUAUACAUACACAAUUAUUUCACAGAUAGACACACUGGAAACAGUGAAGGAGGCGUUAGUAAAGAAAGUCGAUAAAAUCAGGGUAAAUUUUAACAGUGACCAUUCUACAUUUUUCUCUGAAUUAUAACUUGCAUUGCAUUUUCUUAGUUUUAAUAAGUGAGAAAUGUUACUGUUGCCUGGCUCAUUAAGAAUCAUGAGUUUAUUCCAUUCACUCCUUACUGCACAGUUGUGGUGUUAAGCAAUACUUGAUUGCAUUAAUCACCAGGUUGUAAAUGCAUAAGUUUUCCAAUUACAUAAUUGCAGUGUUAAAUUGUUGAGUCUGUUCGUUUUGAGAAUAGUAGUGAAUUAUUAUAUUUUAUCAGUGAUUAUUUAAGGUAGAAUGUGUUCUGACCCUUUUUUAUGCAGUUGUAUUUGUGUAUGUCUUUAAAUACCGCAUCCAUUUAGUAAUAUCAGUUUAUGUAGUAUGUAAUAAUACUAAUACUUUAUUACCCAGAUAUAAUAGCGGGCAGUGAAUGAAUACCCUUGAAAGAAGAGUACAAUUAUUUGUUAUUUAAUUGUUCCUCACUAUGCCAUUUGCAACUCACUGAUGCUUUUUCACAACUUUGUUUCAUUGUAAUGCAUCUUAAUUUUAUUUUUGGGGUGAAUGGUACUGGCAACAGUCACUGGAGGGUUUGAGUUGUAUUGGAUGAAGUCUGGUGGUGUUUUUGUUUUGUCACUUGCAGGCUUGCUAGUUGUCAUUGGAGCCAUAGAUUGGUGUCUUUCAGGCCAGAGUUUGUCACCAUAAUGUUGUUUAGUUAUUCAACCUUUUUGAAUUCUCUAUGUUGCUGUUAAGAUUUUGUCACUAUUAAUUUUAUUUCGGUUUAGGAAAGCUUUGCAAUCACUCCUUUAAUGGAUUUCCUGAAAGAGGCAUAUUUCAUAUUACCUUCAAAAAUACAUUUUCCAACUACAAAGACCAUAGCAAUUUGAAGUCCAUAUACCAUCUGUUCAAAAUAUCUGUAUAUGACUUGCUGCUAUUUUUAAAUGUGACUGCAAUAUUACUUUCAGAUGUCAGCAUUUACAGUAGUUGGCUGACUUUUAAGUAUUUGCCAUCUCUUUGAAUAUCAUUUCAGCUGCCAUUUCCUGUCAUUAAAAAUCUGAGAAUAAAAUGAAUCCUCAAAACUUAA